UAGUGUUAAAAAGAACAAACUUUAUCGGCUUUUUCAAUGUUUUGUAUUUGACAGAUAAGUGUUCAUUAAUUUAAAAGUCUACAUAAUUUUAAUAAUUCGUUAAAAGAAAUGGAAAAUACAUCGAAAAAGGAAACCAAUUUUCAAAUAGUUGGUGAAGAUCAUGAAUUUGUUGUACCGGAAAAAUCAGUUAAAACAAUGGGCGAUAUGUCCCUUUGGGAAAAAUCCGAAGCUUAUUUUGAAUAUAUGGGAUUUAUUCUAGCAUUGAAUGACGCUGUUAAAUGUAAACCAAUAUCUACAGAAUGUCCAGAAUCACAAUCCAUAACGAAAAUUAUUGUUUUAUUAAAUAAAAUUGAUGCAUUAAUUGCUGAAACUCCUCCUGUUCAACAGCCGCAACGUUUUGGAAAUCAAGCUUUUCGUGUUUGGCAUGAUAAAUUGUCUACGCAAGCAUUGACCCUGUUACAAGAAGCACUGCCACCUUCAAUGUACAGAGCAAUACCGGAAUUAAUUGUAUAUUUAGUAGAAGGCUUUGGAAAUUCAACUCGUAUCGAUUAUGGAACUGGUCAUGAACUAGCAUUUUUAAUGUUUCUUUGUUGCCUUUUUAAAAUUGGAGCAUUUCUUCAAUCUGAUAAAGAAGCUGUUGUAUUACGUGUAUUUAAUAGGUAUUUAGAAAUUGUACGAAAACUACAACAAACAUAUCGAAUGGAACCAGCAGGAAGUCAUGGCGUUUGGAGUUUGGAUGAUUAUCAAUUUGUACCAUUCAUAUGGGGUAGUUCACAACUAAUUAAUCACAAAGUUAUCGAACCAGCGGGAUUUUUAAAUCCAAAAGUUCUUGAAGAAUAUGGAAGUGAUUAUUUAUUUUUAGGUUGUAUUAAAUACAUAAAUAGUGUGAAGACCGGUCCAUUCGCUGAACAUUCAAAUCAAUUAUGGGGCGUUAGUGGUGUACCUAGUUGGAGUAAAGUUAAUGGUGGACUUAUAAAAAUGUAUAAAGUAGAGGUUUUAAGCAAAUUUCCAGUUGUACAACAUAUUUAUUUUGGUUCGUUGUUGCCCUUCAAAGCAAUAAAAAAUAAUCCGAAUGUUCGCAGUAUUCGAACAAGUAUGGCGCCACCACCUCCUGCACCUCAGUUUGACAAAAAAUAAUAAUAUUGUAGUAUUUUUUGUUUUUGCUGCUCGUAUUGUAACUUAUUUGCAUUAUUUAAUAAUUAUUUUAAAAAAA